UACAGGAGAAAGAGGACAUUCACCCAGUGCCCAUGAGAGACAGCCGCAAGAAUACUAGUAAAAUGAAGAGAAUAGACGGCACUAAAGUUCGCCAGGUCAAAUCAGAGCAGCUUUUGCGCAUAGAUGACCAUGAUUUUGCGAUGAGACCUGGAUUUGGAGGCUCAGCGAUUCCCGUUGGCAUUGAUGUACAGAUAGAAAGCAUAGACAGCAUUUCAGAAGUGGAUAUGGAUUUUACAAUGACCUUAUACCUCAGACAUUACUGGAAAGAUGAAAGGCUGUCUUUCCAGAGUACCAACAACAGAAGCAUGACAUUUGAUGGAAGACUAAUCAAAAAGAUUUGGGUGCCAGAUGUAUUUUUUGUCCAUUCCAAAAGAUCAUUUAUACAUGAUACCACGAUGGAAAACAUCAUGCUGCGUGUAUAUCCAGAUGGGAAUGUGCUAUUCAGCCUAAGGAUAACGGUCUCUGCUAUGUGCUUCAUGGAUUUCAGCAGAUUUCCUCUAGACACACAGAACUGCUCCUUGGAACUGGAAAGUUAUGCUUACAAUGAAGAUGACCUAAUGCUUUAUUGGAAGCAUGGAAACGAGUCUCUGAAAACUGAUGAACACAUCUCAUUGUCCCAGUUUUUCAUUGAAGAGUUCAGUGCUUCUAGUGGACUGGCACUAUACAGCAGCACAGGCUGGUACAAUAGACUUUUCAUCAACUUCAUCCUAAGACGGCACAUUUUCUUCUUUGUGCUUCAGUCCUACUUCCCAGCAAUGCUGAUGGUGAUGCUAUCUUGGGUGUCUUUCUGGAUAGACAGAAGAGCUGUACCAGCCAGAGUAUCUCUAGGUAUCACCACCGUACUGACCAUGUCCACCAUCAUCACGGGAGUGAGUGCCUCAAUGCCUCAGGUGUCUUACAUUAAAGCUGUAGACAUCUAUUUGUGGAUCAGUUUCCUAUUUGUGUUCCUGUCUGUUAUUGAGUAUGCUGCUGUCAAUUACCUGACCACUGUGGAGGAACGGAAACAGCUCAAGAGGAGAGGGAAGUCGUCAACAACCCUGAACUUAGAGGCAGUGCAGGCCAUGGCGUUUGAUGGCUGCUACCACGACAGUGAUGCCGACCUGAACUAUUCUGUGUAUUCUGAGGAGAGCUCAUCCCGCGGCCGGGCUGCCAGUGUGGCUACUCUGGAUGCAGCACGUGUGAAAAGGAAGAAAUCCAUUAAAGGGAAUGUUGGCAGAAUAAUCCUUGAGAACAAUCAUGCCAUUGACACAUAUUCGAGGAUCAUCUUUCCCAUUGUCUAUAUUUUAUUUAACUUUUUCUACUGGGGCAUGUACUUAUGA